AUGGAUCAAUCGUCUGUUAUUCAUGAUUCUAGUAUAUCGUUGAAAUUUGCCAUUGGUUUUGGUGUUAUAGGCUUAAUAUUAAUUGUAUUACUAAUUUUUUGCUGUUGUUAUAGAAGAAAUGGUCAAGAUCGAAAUAAUGAUCGUCUAUCAAAAUCUAGUUCCAUUGAAUCGUUUUCACAAUUAUAUUUUAGUAAGAUGCCAUUUGAUAAAAUAACAAAUAUUGUUCAACCUACUGUUGAACGUUGGUCUUCCGUUGAUCAAUCUUCAAUGACAUUUUAUCGUGUUUAUGUGCAAGAUAAUACGGAUAAUUUCUAUCAACCAGUAACUGAAAAACGUUUACAUACAACGCUUGAAGAAUCAAAAGCAAUGGAUUAUAUUGGUGUUGAAAUGAAUUUUUUCUAA